UUUUAUCUUCCCUCUCUCUCUUUCUCUCACAAGAGGUCCUCUCUCCUCUCUCAUUAAACUACUUUUUGUUCCCUUCCCUCCAUUUUCUUCACUGACAGAGGAAUACCUGGCACAUUUUCUCACGCACGCACGCAUACUCAAAGCAGAACUCCAAGCCCACUCUCUCAGACACAUACAUCACUCCCUUUCUCUCUCUACCCCUCUCCAGCUAUGCGGAUAUGAUAAGGGCCUUGUCAGAGUAGCAGAGAGAGAGUGGCGAGAGGAACAGAAGAGGACAGGGCAGAGAAAUCAGACAAUUUUUUUGCAGCCAUACCAUACCUUAUUAUUUCGCCUUUUCCCCUCUGCCAUCCGAUUCAUCAAAUAUAUCUGUGAAAAGCCCAUAUAACAAUCUGUGUCUCGACUCUCAACCAAACCUAACCCAACUUCUCCUCCCAUUUGAUUUCGCCUUUUGAGUUCAUAAACCACCGUCGUCCUCUCAUUUGAUUUUCACCGAUUAUUGAAGAUUCGGAAGCAAUAUUCUCGCCUGCUGGGUUCUUUAUAACCCUCGCAAAGCUCAUCAAACUCUUUGGGUUUUUUUGCUCUUUAAGCUUCUUUCGUUUGUUACUUUUAACUUUCUUUCCAUGGAGUCCUAUUGCAAUAUUGAUAACGGUCACGCCGACUUGCCUCCUGGAUUUCGUUUUCACCCAACUGAUGAAGAACUGAUCACAUACUACCUUCUUAAGAAAGUCUUAGACAGUAAUUUCACCGGCAGAGCCAUUACUGAAGUUGACCUCAACAAGUGUGAACCAUGGGAGCUACCUGAGAAAGCAAAGAUGGGAGAGAAAGAGUGGUACUUCUUCAGCCUUCGCGACCGCAAGUACCCAACUGGACUCAGAACAAACAGGGCUACUGAGGCUGGGUACUGGAAGGCUACUGGGAAAGAUAGGGAAAUUUACAGCUCCAAAACUGGUUCUCUUGUGGGAAUGAAGAAGACGUUGGUGUUCUACAGAGGAAGAGCUCCAAAGGGAGAGAAGAGCAACUGGGUCAUGCACGAGUACCGGCUUGAAGGCAAAUUUGCUUACCAUUACCUCUCCAGGAGCUCUAAGGAUGAGUGGGUCAUAUCCCGGGUGUUCCAGAAGAGCGGACCCGGCGUCGGCGCAGCCUCCACCAGCGGCGGCGGUUGUGUUGGAUCUAGGAAGUCCCGCCACAGCUCUGCUAUAAAUCUGUAUCCAGAACCCAGCUCACCCUCCUCGUUCUCCCUCCCCCCGCUCCUUGAUUCCUCUCCCUACCCAUCUUCCACCGCCGCUUCCACUGCCACCCUUAACGACCGUGAAGGCUGCCCGUACGAUAGCUCAAUUUCCAGGGAGCACGUGUCCUGUUUCUCCACCAUCGGCGCGGCAACUGCCUCCGCUGCUGCCACCAACUUCAAUCCCAGCUCUGACCUCGUUCUACCGCGGCCUUCGAUUGCGUCAGUCGACCAUUUCGCCCUAUUCCCAAGAAAUGUCGGGUUAUCGGCGUUCCCAAGCCUGAGGUCGUUGCAGGAGAAUCUUCAAGUUCCUUUCUUCUUGUCUCCGGGCUCGGCGUUGCCGCUCCAUAGUGGCCCAGCCGAGCUUGGUCUCUGCAGCUCAGCUGGUACAUGGCCAAUGCAGGAGGACCGAAAGGUCGACAGUAGCGAUCGUGGGCCUGAUGGCGGUAGAAUGGGAAUGGGUACCACUGAGCUUGACUGCAUGUGGACCUACUAAAAAGCUUCGGGUUACGUUUCUUCGGCCUGAACAAUUUGAUAACGACGCUUAUGUUCUACGUAGUACUAUUAUUAGGGUUUUAAAUUUCGGUAAGCAUUUUCCUUUAAACUCUGAGUGGUUGUGCCGGUUAGCCUGUCGGUCUAAUGGUGAAAUGUCUGUAUCGAGUCUGUUCCAAAGACUCGGGCAAUAUCCACGGCUAAUACGGUGAUCGUCAUUCACUGCCCAGAAAGUUAUUGUUUGUGCACGCUAAGUUAUGAACCAGAACCUAUGUGUAUGUAGUGGUUAAUUAUUUUGAGGUUGCUUUUCUGAUGAA